AUGGAAAGUGACGUGUUGAUUUGAAGAUGUAAAUUUAAUAAACAUUUAAGAAAACUGUUCCAAAAACUAUACUAAAAUGGCAUUACCAAAUAAUGGAAUUUUCGUCAUUAAAGGCGAAAUGACCACCUUAAUGACUGCCAUUAAAAGGGGAGUAAGAUGGCAAUCGCAUUCUUAUCAAGAUGAAGAAACUGAUAACCUACUGAAAGGCUUUCAAGAGCUAAAGGAAAUCCUCACUAGAAUUGACGAUUUGAGGCUCAUUGAACCUGAUGUUUAUCUCUCUCCUUUCCUUGAAGUUGUUAGAUGUGAAGACACUAGCGGACCAGUAACAAGCCUAGCACUUGCUGCGAUCAACAAGUUCUUAUCAUACGGAUUGAUUGAUCCUACCCAUGCCAGUGUUCCUCACACCGUGUUCAAUAUAGCCGAUGCAGUUACGCAUGCCAGAUUCAUUGGAACUGAUCAGUCAUCUGAUGGGGUUGUUCUGAUGAGGAUCCUUCAGGUUUUAAGAACAUUGACUUUGGCACCAGAAGGUGCGAUGCUGACCAAUGAAAGCUUGUGUGAAAUUAUGCUCAGUUGCUUUAGGAUAUGCUUUGAGGGUAGAAUACAUGAACUGCUCAAGAAAACUGCUGAACAUUACCUGAAAGAUAUGGUUCAGUUGGUGUUUAUGAGAUUGCCACAGUUUUCUGACGACAUCAGAGCUGCAGGAGUUAAGCAACUAAAAAUGCGUGCUGGAAUAGAACAGAGCAGAGCUAAGAAAAGAAGUCGGCAUUCUUUUAGAAAGAAAAGUUACUCUGAUGAUAAAGAUGCUAAUGAAGAGACGCCAGUUCGACCUGGAAAUUCACAGAAUAAUUCAGACUCUAUUACAAGAAAUUUGGUUGAAAUGCAAGAACACAUUCUUCAACACAAUAAUGACAUGAAUUCAACGGCAGAUUCUGGUAAUGAAGAUAAGGAUAAUGAUGGUGUGGGUAAUAAUGUAGAAGCAGAUCCAGAUCUAGCAAGUAUUGCUGAAGAACAACUCAUGGAUCAGCAGGAUCUGGCACCUUUGCUAGCAGAAACUGAUUCAAUUCAAGAGUUGCUGACAGAUACAAAUCCAAUCAACAGAGAUGUUUCAACGGCAGAUGGGCAAUGUAUUUCACAAAGUGAUGUAUCUGCAGAGUAUGUAAACCAAAGAGGAAUACGGUUUACGCCUCAGCUCCAAGCAGACUUUGUUUUACAACCGUAUGGUUUAGCUUGUGUUAGAGAGCUCUUUAGAUUUUUGAUUAGCUUAUGCAAUCCCAACGAUAAGCAGAAUACUGAUGUGAUGAUACAUAUUGGUCUAACUCUUCUAACUGUUGCAUUUGAGGUCGGAGCUGACAGCAUAGGAAAGCAUGCCCCAUUGCUGUCUCUUGUAAAAGACGAAUUGUGUAGGAAUUUGUUUUCUCUUUUAACGUCUGAACGAAUAUCUAUAUUUUCUGCCGACCUGCAAGUUUCCUUUUUAAUGUUUGAAUCUUUAAGAAGACAUUUGAAAUUUCAAAUGGAAAAAUACCUCACGAAACUUACAGAUAUAAUUGUUACGGAAAAUCAAAAAGUAACAUACGAACAUAAAGAAGUAUCACUUGAUAAUAUUUUGCAACUGUGGAGAAUACCUGGCUUUGUAAAUGAGCUCUAUCUUAAUUAUGACUCUGAUAUGUAUUGUACAAAUUUAUAUGAAGAUUUGACGAAACUCUUGGCCAAAAACGUGUUUUCUGCAACAAAUGGAGUUUGGCACACUCAUCUGCUAUCAUUAGAUGCACUAGUAACCGUCACUGAAGGGAUAGAAAUACAUUGUUCAGAAUCCAAAUCUCUUAAUAUUUCCAAAGAAAUCCGCACAGUCACCGAAAGCAGUGAAAAACUGGAGACUAUUGGUAACAUUAUUACUAAGAAUUCUCGAGUGAAAUAUGCCCUGCAUAAUCCGCCGCUGGAAGAUUUGAUGAAAAGAAAAGCUAUUAAAAAGUGGCUGCCACAAGGAACUGAACAUUUUAAUGCGAAACCGAAAAAGGGAAUUCAGUUUUUCCACGAACAUGGGGUUUUGAAAUCAGAUUCCGAUCCUCAAGAAAUCGCCUUAUUUUUAAGAGAAAAUCCUGCUUUAGAUAAGAAAAUGAUUGGUGAGUAUGUCAGUAACCGGAACAAUCUCAUCAUCUUGGAAGCUUUUGUGAAAACGUUCAAUUUUUCGGGUGUACGGAUUGAUGAGGCAUUGAGAACAUUCCUUGAAACGUUCAGAUUACCUGGGGAAGCACCGACUAUUUCUCUGAUAUUGGAACAAUUUGCGGAACAUUGGCAUAAAAGCAACGGGGAACCAUUCAGUGAUGUAGAUUCCGCUUUUACUUUGGCCUACGCCAUUAUAAUGCUAAAUGUUGAUCAGCACAAUCAGAAUGCGAAAAAACAGGCAAUACCAAUGUCAGAUUCUGCCUUUAAGAAGAACCUGCAAGGAGUCAAUGGGGGAAAUGAUUUUGAAGAGAAAAUGUUGGAUGAAAUAUAUGCGGCAAUAAAAAAUGACGAAAUCGUUAUGCCAUCAGAACAUGGAGGCUUAAUACGAGAAAACUAUCUUUGGAAAAUUUUGCUGAAGAAAAGCGCCUCAAAAGAAGGCGAAUAUUAUCAUAUUCCGCCAGGAACAUACGACUCUGAAUUAUUCCGAGUAAUCUAUGAGCCUCUGGUGUCAGCGUUGAGCUUCAUUUUUGAACAGUCUGAAGAUAUUGCCAUAUAUAAACAUGUUAUGAGCGGUUUUGAAAAAUGUGCUUUAGUUUCGGCGCAUUUUGGCAUGACAGAGAACUUGGAUAAGUUGAUAAUAUCAUUGUGUAAAUUCACGGUAUUCUACAAUCAAAGGAGGCAGAAUAACAUUACUGUUCUGUUUGGAUCAAAUCAAAAGGCUCAACUUGCUUUGAAAUCUGUUUUUAAUUUGGUGCAUCUGUAUGGAGAUAACGUAAGGGAUGGCUGGAAACAUAUAUUUGAUAUAAUUCUCUCGUUGUAUAGCAAUAGUUUAUUGCCGAAAAGUUACAUUGAACCAGAAGAUUUUAUAGAUCAAAGGGGACGCAUAAUAUUAACCUAUGAAGAAACUCCAAGUCUACAAAAGCAAGAUACAAGUCUAUUUAGUUCCUUAUACUCCUACAUGGUAUCUGCCGAGAAUCUAUCGAAGAUUCCUUCUCCUGAAGAACAACAGUACAUCGAUAUGGCCAAUAAUUGCAUCAAAGACUGUAAUCUGGAUCAACUGAUAACAGACUCGAAGUUUUUGCAUGAAGAAGCUUUGUUGGAAUUAGCAAAAUCCCUCAUUGAACUAUCCCGAGGACCAGACGUCCAAAAGAGUUUAGGAUAUCAUUAUAAUGAAAAUGUUGCCGUGUUUUUUAUGGAGCUUCUAUUUAAAAUAGUGAUCCAAAAUAGAGAUCGAGUUAUGAGCAUUUGGCAUCCAGUCCGUGAUCACAUUUACACAUUGGUCAUGAACGCUGCUGUUUUCGACUAUCAGUUUCUCUUAGAACGAUCAGUAAUAGGACUGUUAAGAAUCGCAAUUCGACUUAUGCGAAAUGAAGACAUGUGCCCCGUGGUAAUCCAAAGUUUAAGAAUGCUGCUACUAUUGAAAAGUUCCACGUUAUGUAGAAUAUCAAGGCAGAUCUCAUUUGGACUGUAUGAGCUGCUGAAAACAUCAGCCCAAAAUAUUCAUACCAGUACGGACUGGACGAUUAUUUUUACAUUGCUGGAAUGUGUAGGUGCAGGAGCUCAGCCUCCUAAGCCAGUUGCUGAAGAAGGAGCCGCUCAUGUAGAUCCAGGCACAAAGUCAGAGGGAGAAACUCAAGUUAAUAGUGAUGAAGAAAGCGUGGUUUCAGACCGAGGAUAUACAUCAGAUUCAGAAUUAACGAAGACUCCGAAACAUUCAAAUCCUAGAGCACAAAGUCCAUUAAUUGUGCCUACUUCACCAGUGGGUACUCCUAAUACUGGUGGUUGGAUUUUGGUCGGGAAUGAAGGCGAAAUUCAGCCAGUUAUGGGCAGAACUGUUCCACCCACCCAAUAUGGUAUUGCAUUGGAAGGAAAUUUAGGUGCUCACGAUCCAGCCAGUUUGAUCAAAUGCUGUGAAAGUUUAGCAUUUCUAGUUAGAGACGUCGCACAUAUUACGCCAUAUAACUUUGAUAUUUGCGUCCAUUGCAUACGAACGUUUGUUGAAGCUAGUCUACAGGAAGCGAAAAAAGCGGGCAAAAAAUCGACUGGUAAUAGAGAUGCUCGAGAUCCGAGAACCAGAAGAAAAAUAGUGUCUAGGAAACGAACUGAGGCGAAAAACUCGAAAAGUCCAGCAACUAGUCCUGAUGAAGAGAGCAGUGAGGAUGAUUUUCCCAGUGGCUAUCAUCAUUUGCUUUUGGAUCUCAUGCAUACUCUUCACACACGAACGGCCCAGAUUUUCAAAUGGUGGGCAGAAGAAGGUGGAGAAAUUGCUCAGGAAAUCUCGUUAUGGACCCAAGGGUGGUGUCCGCUCUUGCAGGGUAUUGCCAGGAUGUGUUGUGAUCGAAGAGAGGAGGUUCGGAUAAGUGCCAUAGCAUUCCUGCAACGUGCUUUAUUAGUACACGAUUUGCAAACAUUGAACGGUCCGGAAUGGGAACAGUGUUUCCAUCGAGUAUUGUUUCCUCUGCUUAACUACUUAUUGCAACCGAUCAAUGCGAAAGAACCAAUUGCUAUGGCUGAAUUUCGAAAUAGAGCUGCAACUGUGUUGUCUAAGGUUUUCCUGCAUCACCUUACUCCACUUCUGUCUCUACCAACAUUUCCGAGUCUUUGGUCUCAUAUUCUGGAUUACAUGGACAGAUAUAUGCAUGCGGAUAAAAGUGAUAUUUUAGUUGAGGCUAUUCCCGAACUCUUAAAGAACAUGCUUCUGGUAAUGAAUUCUGCCAAAACGUUUGAUGGGCCAGAUGGAAAGAAUCCCUUGUGGCAUUUAACUUGGGAUAGAAUCGGCAGGUUUUUGCCAACUUUAAAAGAUGAACUUUUCAAAGAACCUGAAGAUGAGCAUGCUGCGACGAUGAGUCCUACUCAGGACCUUCAUAAUAGCAAGGCAAUAAAUCCCAUGCAACAUAACAUUGAAAAUUUAACCAGAUCUAGUAUCAUACUGCAACCGCCAGUUUCACAACAGCAGGUAUCUUCGCAUUUAUUUGCGCACUUAGGCCAGAUGGUUUCAACACCAAUAGGUUCAACCUAUUCAACACAGAUAUCACCAACUCCAAUAUCUACAUCAACCAUUCCGUCGGCUCUCAUUCCUUCAAUUAUGCAGACAAAUAGUGUAAAUUCGACCAUUUUACAGCCUACUUUACAACCGGGAAUGCCUUACAUGCCUAAUUUAUUGACUGGCAUUGCAGGCUUAAAUACAACACAAGGUCUCCCUCAACAUCAGUUGCAUCAUUCAUUUCCCGUUUUAUGUAAUAGUCCUACAGUAAUUCCAAACACCACCGCUACUGAAGUGCAGCCGCUUUCUUUAUAUGCCGAAUAUAUAGGAAAUCCUUAUAAUAUCCAAAGCACGGGUAACACUACAAGAACUGAUAAUAUAUUACCGCCCAAAUCGGAAAACAUGGGAGUUACACUUCCUUCUUCGUUAGAAGAUAAUUUGCCAAUAGCAGAGGUGAAGCACAGUGAGGGAGUUAAACAUCACAUUAUAUCUGGUUGUAGCAGUGAAGCCUCAAUUAAUCUUAUUCAAAGCAAUGAGCAAAGUAAUGGUAAUUUACCUCAACCCGCAGUGGAAGACCAAUUGAACAUUACUAGAACAACAGAGAUAUCUAUGCCUGGUGCAAGUAGCGCAAACUUUUUUCAGUCCUCAAACUAUUUUAGUAGCUCUGAAUCCGCCUUUAUGCCGGUCGGAAGCGAAAUUUUAUUUGGAAUAGGAAAGCGGACCGAGGGUGAUAAAGUAAGUACGAGUGAAACAAGCUCUUCGAUAGGCACAAACGUUUGACAUGGAGUUUCGGUAAUUUAAAAUUUAAUAGUCAAGAGUUAUUAAUCGAAACGUUUUAUUGCAUAUUAAUUUGAAUCAGUUUCAUAUCUAAUUACCAAUCAACAAAAAUAGAACGUCGAUGAUGAAGGAAGAACUUUUUAAAAACAUUUAGAUUUUUAUUUAUCAAGUAAGAAAUAUUUAAUAGGUAGGUACUAUUUCAAUAUUGCUUGCAAUCAUUUGACAAAUAUUAAAAUUAUUAUUAAAGAAGGAAAAAGGAAAUUGUCAAAUUUCCAGAAGCGUAAAAUAACAGCUAUUAUAUGUAUUUUUUCGAAUUCGAUGGAUAUUUAUUUUAUAGCAAUUCGAAGCAUGAUUUAUUAUAAUAAAAAAAAAAAGAUUUUCUCAUGAGUUUAUUUUUGUAAUAAAAUGUUUUUUUAAAUUGUAUUUCCACUUCUAAAGUUAUGAAAUGUGGUUUCAAAAACAGGAAGAAUUAAAAUAAUUAAAAUGACUAAAGAAAAUUGUAAAAAACAAAUGUCAUGGUUGAUUUAUAAAUACAAACUUGGUGAUUUUACAAGACCUUUUCGAGUAUUAGGCGUUCCAUUUUCCAAAUUAAAGUGCUAUGCAAGAGGUUCGUAAUUUCAAAAAGCCAAACCAGCGGUUUUUAAUAUUAUUUUUUUCACGCUUUACUUAAUGACUGUACCUGUACCAUAAUUGAACAAUGCUGAAGAAGUUCUAUCAAUUUUCAAAUGAUUUAAGCGAUUAUUUUAAAUGAGCUACUAAUGACACCACUCUUCGCAAAAAAUAAAUGAAUUUGUGGAUGAGGCUAAAUAAAUUGUAUACAAAAUAUACUUGUUACUCAAGUGAGUUACUCUGCAAUCAUGCGGUAGGAUGAACUUGUCGAGGAUAGUUAUGUUUGAAAACUGUAUAUAUUUUUAAAUUAUUUUGUUAUAUGUAUUACUAAGUAAAUUUAGAAAGUAAAGUGUAUAUCUACAGUGUUUGAAAAGUUGGUUUGCGAUGUCUAGUGGACUGAUUCAUACAAAAUUGAGAAAAAUGUACGAAAUCAAUAUUUACAGACAUUGUGAAAUAUAUAUUUAUUGUAUAUGGUAAUUACACGGUAAUAUGGUUGGUACGGUAACAAAUUUAAUUUAUGUAGUUUUAUCAAUAUUGCAUUGAGCAAAAUGGAGCGGAUGUAUAAAAUGUUGAUUGGUCGUUCGGUGGUUAUAAUUUUUAUGCAUCUACUCUUUGUUUCUCACACUAUUUAAAACUAUACUUAAAAAUGUUCACGUUAUCACUCGAGGAAAAGUGUUCUGUAAAUAAAAAAGUAAAAAAUACAGUUAUCUUCCAUCAACAAAUCUA